AUGAAGAUAGACAACGUCACCAGUGAACGGCUAGAGGCACUCUUGAUGAAAUCGUUUCUCAACUUUUCUAUUGAUCGACCUAGCUGGCGGAGGCAAACCUCAAAGCAGAAAUACCGCGAGUUUGAGAAGAUAUACGGACCUAAGAUUUUGAAGUAUCGCCCCCUGCCAAUCCUUCCGGCAGGAUUCGCUGUGCUACCCUUCGGCUGCAUUUGGGAUAAAUAUGAGGUGAACUGCAUCUUCGUGACCAAAGACUUCUUCAGAUUCAUAGUCCUAAUAUCGGAAUCUGUGGAACCGAUGCAAUUGCAAGAGCUGAUCCCAUUCCUGAAAAAGCCUGAACUCCUUGAUCUUUCCCUUUUCAUAAGGUGA